AUGGGUUCAAACAGGCUACCCUUUGGACUCAUUUCUGGAGGAUAUAGCUGCAGUGAGCAAUAUGAGUGGCAGCAGUUAACCCUUCGUCAGAAAGAACACACAGCAUGGGAGCGACCCCAUCGUGGUGCAAACGUCAACAACCCUGUGCAUACAGUCAGCAGGACUGAGAGGACUAGCUUGUCUGUUGACCCUGGUUGUGAUCAUGCAGAAGGAUCUGAUGGACAUGCAACAGUAAGCCUUGGCAAGAUUUUUGGGUUUGACCAGGGGAGUAGCACUCCGAAUGAAUCUUAUCUAGAGGAAAGAUAUAUGCCAACUUACUCCCUGGUUAGUCAUUUUUCUGAGAUAGAUCAAGAAGGGCAUCGGGCCUACAUGGAGAGUUUGUCCACUAAGAGUAAACCUGAUCACACCUCAGCUGGUCGGUCGCAUCGUAGGGAUGAAGUAAGCAGGGCUCACACGAAGAAUCCAUCUGAUAAAUUGCACACUAUCCGUGCUGCACAGCUUGAGCUUUCUACAGGUGAAGAUUUUCAUGACCGCUUGGACAUGAGUCGAAAUUGCAGGAGUAAGUAUUGUACCAAGAUGUUACAAAGAACAAAGGAAAAAUGGACUUCUCAUAAAAACAAUUCAUAUGGGUCUUGCAUUAGUACACAUGGGAGAGACCGUCGACAGGCAAGGUAUAAGCAUCAGCUGUCUGAACCGAAAGCUAAGAAGAGCCGCCAGAAAAGGUAUGGUGAUCAGCUGGCUGGAGAGAGAGCUAAGAAGCGUAUGAGUUGUAAGGAGCACCCUAAAGAAUUCAGUUUAAUCCGAGAGCAGGACGAGCAACCAUAUCUGCAUCAUGAGGUACAUUGUGGUGGUUCUGAUGUGAUACGAAAUGAUGACCGAGAGGGAAAAGCUGAAACAACCGAUGAAGUAGGUCAUAGUGGAGCAAAAGGGGCCUGCCAUCUAACGAAGAAUAUAUUGACAGCUGCUACAUGUGGCUCAACAAAGUCAAAUGAGAACUCAGAUGUGUUAAGCCCAAAGUACAGCAUCAAAACCAUAGCUUCAUCAAAUGACCCAAAACAGAGUGAAGGAAGUAGCAACAUGAAACUAGAAUCUGACCAGCAGCGCAUUGUUGUUGGUUGCACAGAGAACGCAGCUGGAGAGGUUUCCACGCCUAACCUGCAGCAUCUUCCCGCCACUCACACUGAGAAGGGUGUCCAUGCAAAACAACCAGAUAGUACUCCAUCUGAAUUACUUCGUGAAUGCUUGGAUCUUUGGAGAAGUACACGAAGAUUGAGGAAGGACAGUGGUCCUGAAGCUGAAAAACUAGUACAGACCAAUCAAAGAUCUGCUCAUUCUGGUAGCUCAGAAAGUGAUGAUGAAAAUAUCAAUGAACCUGUGAGUCCUUCAGGGAGCUCAGAAAGCACGGCUCAAAAUGAAACAGCAUUUGACAACUCUGGAAAAUGUAGAAGUGCUAUGCCACCUGAUGGAUUACAAAAGCGUGGUGAAGAAAUAGCUAAGACAAACCCACAGCAGCCCUUCAGAUGCCUUAGUGACAGCAAUUGCAACAAAAGCUUGGCCGAGCAAGGGCUAAAGUGCAAUCUGGAGGUUCCGCCAGAACCAAAACCGGGUGAAAUCACGCAGCAAAAUGAAGAGACUAAAAUUUCAUGCUGCAUGAUCUCAACUGAUCAACCAAAUGCCAUGGUACAAACCAAUCAGAACAGCUGUUUUGAUACUAGCCAAAUCCAGCCUAGGCAGAACAGGGGUUCAGAUACUAACAAGGUGGAUCAAGCAGUUGCUUCACAUCCUGAUAGUAGCGUGCGUCAAAAUAUUUCUCAGCACAAAGCAAUUAACGACCAUUUGGAUGCUAGGAGAAAAUGUAAACUGGGUGUCAGCUGUGAAAUUAAAAGGAAAGUAAAAAACUAUGAUGCCAAUUUGUGUGAGCAGACAGCCAGCAUGACAACUGGUCCAACACUGCUGGAUCAAGAAACUGUUGCAGUUUGCUUGCCGCAUGAUGGCAGUGUGAAGGUCCAUGGGUGUUCCAAUGAUUGUGGUGAAGCUACUCCAUUCAGCUUGUCGAUUUUGGAUAAGGGGGCCACAAACAACUACCGAAACAAACCUAUUGGUUGCUCUUGUAGAAGUGUUUGUAGAGACAUAAAAUAUUGCUCCAAGGGAAGUGGUUGCAGAGACGUGCAGCUGGAUACCAUGAAUUGCAAAAGAAACAAACAAAGGUCUCCAGAACUGGCAGAUUCUGAAAUUAACAUUUAUCAGGAAGAAACAGAUGAUGAUUAUCAGUUACCUGAAGUUCUUGAAGUACCUUUAAAUGAAGAGAUAUCCCUCCAAUCUGAUGCUGACAUAACAAAUUAUGGCGUUGCAAAACCAGCUGAUAGCACUCCACGUUUUGCGAUACCAGACUUGAAUUGUUUGCCUAGUAUGACCGCAGAUGAAGAUGUGGCACCUGAGGAAGUGAUUAAUCAGGUAACUGGGCAUGUUUCGAUACCACAUGAUACUAGUCAGAGCUUUUCAGUCUGUAGUGGCACUGCUGUGGAGGAAGAACAGUCUAAGCAACCCGAGAAGAAUGAAUUUACUGGAGGGCAUGUUUCGAUAGGACACGAUACUAGUCAGAGCUUCUCAGCCUGUAGUGGCACUGCUGUGGAUGAAGAACAGUCUAAGCAACCCGAGAAGAAUGAAUUUACUGGAGGGCAUGUUUCCAUACCACAUGAUGCUAGCCAAGGCCUUUCAGCCUGUAGUGGAACUGCUGUGCAGGAAGAAGAGUUUAAGCAACCUGAAAAGAACGAAUUUGCUGGAGGAGUGCGUGGAAGAGAGAAUGCAAAUGAGGCUCAGAUCUCCGAGUCACGUAGUGGGCCACCACAAGCAAGUUGUGUUCACGAUAGUAGCAUAUCAGUUCAUGCCUUCAGAUGUGCCCUUGGUGAAUUCAUAAAGAAUAUCUUGAAGCCUCUGUGGGAACAAGGGCUCUUAUCCCGGGAAAUCCACAAAAUUAUAGUGAAGAAAGCCGUAGAUAAAGUGACCCUCACGUUGGGCCAAAAGGUACCGCGGACAGAAGCAGCCAUCCGUAGAUUUUUAACAGAAUAUGAAUCUCAAAGCGUAGAAGGACUCGUUCAGGGCUACCUAGAUGUAUACCUGGGAAGGCAAGUUCUUAAGAGAACUAUGCCUGGUAGUAUCUGACCAUUCUCUGGAAGUCCCAUGUAGUUCACGAUAAUUAGAAGUAGGGAUCCACCUUUGCAUUUACUCAGCAUCAGCAUCAACAGAAGACGCUCUAGAUGCAAAGAUCUCUUGGAGUUAAC